CUUUGCAGAGCAGCAGCAGCAGCACAGCGCCGACACGCCCUUUUCCGGCCGUGUGGCAGCGAUUAUCUCCCUGCGAGCCCGCUGUUUCUACUUGUUUACUUGUGGACAGAUAUGCACUGCUGACCUGAUGCCACCAUGCCCAUCAUCUCAUGCCUCCUCUUCAUCGGUCCCGAAGCGUGUGCAGUCUGCCCUUCAGCUUCGCCCAGCGCCUAGAGCCUGGCAAACCUGCGCAAUCCGGAUCGAUGCAUACUCUGGAACGCCUGCCUUUCCAUGCGUCCAUUCGACGGCUCAGUUCCCGACGUGCCCGCCCGACCGUCACGUCGCUCGCGGAGGUGUUUGUCAAUUCCCUGGUAAUGGCGAGUUUCUGCCCCGAACAUUCUCCCCGCGAACGCCGGAUGUCGAGCUUCGCCAUGGGCCCUGUGUCAGAUGAUACGGCGAUAUGGCGGAGAAGAAGGGUUGCGGGCAAUAGGCGAGUGCAUUUAGACCAACAUCUGACCCAUGCUCGCUCCCCAUCGGGCUAUGCGGGAGCUCAGCCUUCCAGAGUUCGAAAAAUGUUCCUCAGCGGGCAAUCGCAAGCGAUCAAGGAACGAGAUCGAGAACAUGACAUUUAUGGCUUCGUGGAAAGGGUAUCAUAUGAGCCCCGGGGCCAGAUAUUCGACGAGGACAUCGACACCAGUCCCUGGCCGGCGGUGCACAGGCCGAACCGAGAGACAAUAUCGGAGACGCUACACCGGACUAAUUACGAUAUAUUGGAUGCUAGCGAAACGGAAAAAGAAGCCCCAAUCGACGUCCUUUCACCUGACCCCCUCAAGGACGCUGGACUGAAGAAAGAACAACACAAACGGUCAUAUGCAGGAAAGGUCAGACCAGAAAAGGAGAGACUAAGGGAUGCUUCAGAAUUGCUGGGUUACACUUUGGGCCCCAUGUCUAUUCCAUGGAAAAGUGCAGUCAAGAGCCUGAAAGAUGAUCCAGAGAGUUCGCCCAGGCCCAAAGUGCGCUUUCGGUCGGCCAACCCUUCAGUACGAGAUGCAGUGGAACUUCCUACGGUGCAAACAUUACUAGAUGUAUUAUGGGACGAAAAAGUCUCAAACCAGUACAUCUUCAGACUAUACAGACAGCUUCCCCCCCCGGGAGUGACAAAACUUUCCAAGCGCUCGCUUGGUGCACUACUUCGACGCUUUGCAAACCCGCCACAGCACCGUCGGGUCGAUGCCCGCCGCUUACACGCCCUACUUGAAGACAUGGUCACUACCGGACUUCCGGUUUCUCGUUCACUCUGGACAUCUGCGAUUUACAUGUCCGGGCGUGUCGGUGGGAAGGUCACCAAGACUGACUUACGAACGGCCAUCGGUAUUUGGAACCAAAUGGAACGCCUGGCUGGGGUGGAAUCUGACGACGUGGUCUUUAAUAUCUUAUUCAACAUCGCCGUCAAGGCUGGCCAAUACACUGUUGCGGACCGUAUACUGGAAGAGAUGCGGGAUCGGGGUCUUGAAUUUUCGAGAGCCGGGAAGGUGUCUCUCAUUUUCUACUACGGUGUUUUGGGAGAUCUUGAUGGCAUCAGCCGGGCGUUCGACGAAUUCAUCGAGUCCGGAGAGAUAGUGACCACACCAGUUAUGAACUGCCUCAUCACUUCCUUCCUCAAAGCAGGCGAUACCCAGUCGGCUGAAGAGCUCUACGCUCGCAUGAUGGACACACAUAAGACUGUUCAAUCUCCGCCUGGAACUGGAGGCCAUCUCGGCAUGCACCUCCCCAGCCUGUCAUCGAACAUGGCCGUGUACCGAAAACGGGCCCGGAAAAUGCACCGUUCGUUGAAGUUGUUGGCUGGUUUGCAGGCAGAGUUUCCAGAAAAACACCGCGCCCUUCAAGAAAGUUUGAUGACCGGCCCGGAUACACGAACCUUCCACAUCUUCCUCUCACACCACGCGCACACGUCCGGUAAUAUCUACAAAUUUAUGGCGAUUCUCGAAGACAUGGAGAAAGUCUUUUCGGCACCGCCUCGGGCGUUGGUAUAUUUGUUUCUUUUUGAAGGGUUCGUUCGACAUGGGAACAAGCGGAAGAAACAAUGGUCUGCAGACCUCCUCAACGAUGUUUGGAAGUCAUACCUUCGUGCUUUGCGUGACUCGAAGAGGCGGCAGCUCGACCCAUCCCGGCCGGGGGAAUUAAUAUGGGAAAAUCCGCUUGCAAGAUACCGUGCGGAGACUGGCCCCGAUGCUUUCUACAUCCCGUUACCUUCCAGCGCAGCUCAGGGAGAUAACAACUCGGACCACACUCUUGGGGACACGGAUCCCAAAAAAUCUGCCAAUGAUGAGAUCCCCGACAAUCUCGUAGAUGCAGAUGAAUCUUUUCAGCUGGACGAGAUGUUCAACUUGAAGACUCCAUCGUCCUUAUCGCUUGACUGUGACUCCAAGGAGAUCGAACUGCAGGAAAACGGAGUCUUCCUCGGCCGUCGAAUGAUCGUCACCAUUCUCCGUGCCUUUGGUGCCUGCAGCGGUCCCUCAGAGGUUAUGGAGGCCUGGCUGAGAAUCGAGAAGAUCUGGCAGCCGGAAUGGCGACGAGCGAACGAUGUCCUGGUUGUGCGGGAAGAGCUGGAGAGACAGAUGUCAAGGGCUAGCAGAAAAUAAUAACUGCAUACCUGUAUAUUAUAAUUGAUAUAGAAGUUACAUAUACCACAAAUAGACUCAGUUUGAGAAUAUCAUGUAUUCUACCC